UUUUUCUUCUCAGAGCUGCGUGACUUCGAGCCCGACGACCAGCAGGAGAUCGAGGUGGACGAAGGCAACACGGCCGUAAUCGAGUGUCACCUCCCAGAGAGCCAGCCGAAGGCGCAGGUCCGCUACAGUGUCAAGCAGGAAUGGCUGGAGACAUCCAAAGGGAACUACCUCAUCAUGCCGUCAGGGAACCUGCAGAUUGCCAACGCCACGCGGGAGGACGAGGGCCCGUACAAGUGCGCCGCUUACAACCCCAUCACCCAGGAGGUUAAGACGUCGUCAUCGGCCGACCGCCUGCGCAUACGCCGCUCCACGUCUGAAGCGGCCCGCAUCAUCUAUCCGCCGGCGUCCCGCUCCAUCAUGGUGACCAGGGGCCAGCGACUGGUGUUGGAGUGCGUGGCCAGCGGCAUCCCGACGCCGCACGUCACCUGGGCCAAGGACGGCGAGGACCUGCGCGUCCACAACAACACCCGCUUCCUGCUCAGCAACCUGCUGAUCGACGCCGCCGCCGAGGGCGACUCGGGAACGUACGCCUGCCGGGCAGACAACGGCAUUGGCGCCGCCGUCGCCGCCACCGUGCUCUACGACGUGCAAGUGUUUGAGCCUCCCCAGGUGGCUGUCGAACUGCUGCAGCAGGAAGCGGCGUUCGGCGAGACGGUGCGCUUCACCUGCCAGGCGCGCGGCAAGCCCGCGCCUGCCGUCACGUGGCUGCACAACGCCGUCCCCCUUUCGCCCUCGCCGCGUCACCGCCUUACACCGCGGAUGCUUCGGGUCUCCAACGUGGGCCCGCAGGACGAGGGCUUGUACCAGUGCAUGGCGGAAAACGGCGUGGGGAGCUCGCAGGCGUCCGCUCGACUCCUCACCAUAUCCGCCGAGAUUCUGCCCAGGCCUAAGUUGCCCUCCAUGUAUCGUCCACUCAGCCCGGAUAAAGUUUUGAAGGAGCAGCCGCCCGUGAGGCCCGGCGCGGUGGGGGCCACGUUGCCUCUGGACUGCACGUUAAUCCCGGGUCAGAUUUUGCCCGCCGAGGCGCCCAUCAUCCUCAGCCAGCCUCGCACGGGCAAAGCCGACUACUACGAGCUCACGUGGAGGCCGCGGCACGAGCGGGGAGCCCCCGUGCUGGAGUACAUGAUCAAGUACAGGAAGGUGGGCGACCCAUCGGCCGAGUGGACGUCCAGUAGCAUCUCGGGCUCUUUGCACAAGCUGACGCUGGCUAAGCUACAACCGGACAGCCUGUAUGAGGUGGAGAUGGCCGCCAAGAAUUGCGCCGGCUUGAGCCAGCCAGCCAUGAUGACCUUCAGGACGGGGAAAGGUCGGAAAGGAUUGGGAGGUCAUAACGAUCUGCCGAAAACACCCGUGGUUCCGUCGCCAAGGCUUUCGCAUCCCGAGGCGCCGGACAAGCCGACAGUUUCCACGGCGACGGAGACGUCGGCGUACGUGACGUGGAUGCCGCGCGGCAACCGCGGCUUCCCCAUCCAGUCCUUCUGCGUCGAGUACAAGAAGGUGAAGAAGGCGGGCGAGGAUUGGGUGACGGCGGUGGAAAACAUUCCGCCCUCCCGACUCUCCGUGGAGAUCACCGACCUGGAGAAAGGAACGUCUUAUAAGUUCCGUGUGGUGGCGGUCAACGUGAUCGGAUCCAGCCCGCCCAGCGCCCCCUCAAAAGCCUACACGGUGGUGGGCGGGCGGACCCACGAACGCCCCGUGGACGGACCCUACAUCACCUACAACGAAGCCAUCAACGAGACCACCGUCAUUCUUAAGUGGACGUACACUCCUGUGAACAACACGCCCAUUUAUGGCUUCUACAUCUACUACCGGCCCACGGACAGCGACAACGACAGUGACUACAAGAAGGAUGUGGUGGAGGGCGACCGCUACUGGCACUCCAUCGGCGACCUACAGCCCGAGACGGCGUACGACAUCAAAAUGCAGAGCUUCAACGAGAAGGGCGAAAGCGAUUUCGGCAACGUGGUCAUUCUGGAGACCAAGGCCCGCCCCCACCACCAUAGGCCCGCCCCUUCCGAGGGCCCCGACCGGGAGACGGGCCGCUCGGGCGGCCUGGUGCAGCGACCCGGCGAUUUGCCCUACCUCAUAGUCUGCGUGGUGCUGGGCGCUUUCGUGUUCAUUAUCGUCGCCUUCAUCCCCUUCUGCCUGUGGAGGGCCUGGGCCAAGCAGAAACAAACGUCGGACUUGUGCUUCCCGGCCGUGGCCGCCCCGGUGUCGCCGUCGUCGUGCCAGUACACCAUGGUGCCCCUGCAGGGUCUGGCCCUUUUGGGGCGCUGCCCCAACGACGGCCAUCUGGCCGUCCCGCCUGCGUUUUACUCUCCCAACGGGCAGCACAACGGCAAAGCUCACCACAAUCAUGAGCACCUGACCCACGGCCUACCGGGGCUCCGCCAGGAGGAGGUGGACAUCGACCUGGAGUGCGACACGCUGUUACCGCAGGGACUCGCCAACGGGUACCAUUUCUGCGCCAGAGAUCCCGAGCAUCAUGAACAGACAUUCAGGUUGGCCGAGGAAACCGCACCACGGGUCCUGGGGUCUUCCUGUCACCCGGAUGACAAGCGGGAGUCCACGUGGGACGAGGACGAGACGGGAGAGGGGCUUUGUCAAAAAACGGCGUCUUUCCCAGCCAUCGUAUCUCUGGAAGACGAAGGAAUUUUCACCUCAUCGUCGUCGUCGUCAACCACGCCGCCGCCGCCUCAAUCGCAAGACGUCAUACAGGAAGCCGGCGUCCUGCCCAGUGAAGCAGCAUAUGCGUAAAAAAAACAAACAAAAAAAAAAAACGUUUAAAGAGAAAUCUAUUUAUUUUUGUACCACAGAUAUUUAUGUAUUUAUGCCUUUGUACAUGCUGUAUGUUUAACUGUAUAUAAGGUUAUUUUCAUAUCGAAGGAGGCUCUAUUUACAAGUCCCGCCCUUUUGUCACGUGAGCUAUUAAAUCAUGCAAAUUGUAUUCAGAAUUCUCAAUUGUUUAUCAAUUUUGAUGAAUGAAUACACAUUUUUUUGAAAAUGCAAUUUGGUUUUCUUUUUUUUUAUGGCAAAUUUUUAUUCACAAUUCUGAAGAUUUUUCUUUUAUUCAAAAUUGAAACUUUUGAGGGGGAGCACAAUUAUGUACUCAAAAUAAAAUUACAACUGUGUAGAAAUCUCCCCCAAAAUACCAUUUAUUUGGGUAAAAACUAAAAUGUUCUCAUUCGAGGAAAAACAAUUCUAAGUUCAAUUUGUUUAACUUCUAAUUAUGAAUUAAUUUUGAAAAUAUUGGAAAUUGUUUACAUUCCCCCCUCCCACCACCUUGCUGAAAUGUAAUCGUGAAUACAACUUUUAGAAAAUAAGUUGGAAAGGUUUUUGGGGGCAGGGUGAUUUCAAUUUUAUUUGUACAUUUUGUUCAAGAUUCUAAAAAAAAACUAUUUUUAAAAUUCAAUUCAAAAUUUCUAUUUCUGUUCAUUAAGUCCAUAUCUCGUUAUUUGAAAUUGAGCUUUUUUUUUAUUUUAAAAAUCUAUUGACAUUUAUUCCCCCCCCCCUCAAAAUUUCAAUUUUGAUGAACUUCAGGGGUAAAAAAGAAAAACCCUUUCUUUUAACCAGCACUUAUCGCGUGGCUCAUUCCCCACCUUCUUUAUGGAUCUAUCAAUAACGCUUUUUAUCGAUUAUGUAUAGCAAGAACCGCAUCAUUAACAAGCUAUUUGUGAGCGUUUGCCACAUUGUGUGAAAAAAAAAGAUGAUAUAUUGUUAUAGUUAUUUAUUUUCUCAAGUCACUGAACGGGGUUGUGGACGUACUUCUAUCAGUCACCGAUAAGCUGAAUCCAUAUCUGCUUUGUUACCAAAAUAGCCGCCUGUGGCAGGUGUCAGUAUUUCUCACGUCACUGUUUUUUUUGUUUUUUUUUUACAAGUAUUAUGCCUUUCUUGUGCCAGCAAAAAUGAAGGAAAUUGACAGUGUAGCCUGUCCUUUCUUUGUCUGUUUGUGUGUGCCUACAUGAGCUGGAGCACUAUUGCAUGUAAAUAAAAGCUUAUGAAGCCGA